AUGUUCAACUGGUCAAUUCUAGGACCUCUACUGUUCAAUCUCUACAUGCUUCCACUCUCACAUGUCAUACGCAAACAUAAAAUAAGUUAUCAUAAUUAUGCAGAUGAUUCACAACUUUACAUUUCACUACACCCCGAUGACCUAUCACCCAUAACAUCCCUCACUCAGUGUAUCAAAGACAUUAAUCAAUGGAUGUCACAAAUUUUUUUACAACUAAACAAAGACAAAACAGAAAUACUCAUCUUUGGUGCACAGGCUCACAGACAGAAAAUUGCAGCACAUCUCAACUCCCUCUCUCUCGACAGCAAAACUGAAGCAAGGAAUCUGGGUGUAAUUAUCGACAGCAAUCUAAAUUUCAGAAGUCACAUCAACCACAUCACCAGAUCAUCUUUCUAUCAUCUCAAAAAUAUCUCUAAAUUGAGAGGCUUUCUGUCAAAAUCCGACUCAGAAAAAUUAAUCCACGCAUUUAUAACAAGUAGACUAGAUUACUGCAAUGGUUUAUUCACUGGAAUCUCCAAAUCAAGUAUUCAUAGGUUACAACUAAUUCAAAAUGCAGCUGCGCGUAUUCUCACUGGCACCAAGAAAUAUCAACACAUCACACCCGUUCUUCAAUCUUUGCACUGGUUACCCGUUAGAACAAGAAUCGAUUUCAAAAUACUGCUCCUGGUUUAUAAAGCACUACACGGCCUUGCACCUCAGUACAUCACAGAUAUGCUCAUCACCUACACCCCAGCAAGAACACUUCGGUCAACAGGCAGUGGCAACUUAUUCAUCCCUCACACCAGAUCCAAAGAAGGAGAAGCAGCUUUUAGUGUUUAUGCCCCGCGAAAGUGGAACACCCUGCCUGACUCAGUUAAACAUGCCACAUCAGUAGCCAUUUUUAAAAACAGAUUAAAAACCAAUCAGGAAGAUUUCCCUUCUCUGGAUACAAAGAGCCGUCAAGCCCAGACCAGGAAAGACCAGAAGUAUGUGGACAGGCUCGUCAGGCCUGUUAUUUCCGGUGUACCAGCGUUGGAACGGGAACAGCUGCUGUGGCGGCGGUACCGUCCCCCUGCCUUCAGGCAGGCCGGAGCAGAGCCAGACCAGCGUCUGCACAGCCAGACGGGGCUUUGGAGUAAAGGAGGAGCAGGAGGAUGA